CCGACAUUGAACAUCAACAAUCAUACCAAAUCGCUUCCGUAUGCAUUCUAUCGCUGCAUAAACCCCUCGAUACACAUACACGACAUUUUCCCGUUGAAUUCUUGGAUAGCGAUCAUGCGCCUCACUCGCGCGGCGCAACGCGCCCAGCAGGGCAACGACGAGACGAGCGGCGCGACUGACCUUGACGAGCGCGCGCCGCUAAACGAAAUAUCCCCCAAUGCAUCCCCCGACCUAGUUAAAUACGCGGAGGAGCUACCCAAGAAGGCGCCGGCAAAGAAGGCCAAGACCAAAAGCGGCGCGAAGAAGGGCCCAAAGGGAAGAAAGAAGGCUACUGAAGUCCAUGAAGAUGUCCAAGUGGAUGAAGACGUUCAAGUGGUACUGGAAAACGAAGGAGGAGUAGCGGAAAGUCCUAUAAACAAUUUGGCUGUGGAAAACCUAGCCCCAGUUGCUUUAGAUGAAGCGGAACCCGAGGCACCGCAAGAUUGUGAGGUUGAUGUUGAGGCUGCAGAGACGGCACAGCUCGAGAUCGAAGCUCCCGAGACGACACAGCAUGAGGUCGAGGCUCGACAGACGACAAAGCUUGAAACAGAGCACACAGAUUCAACCGCAGCAGAGGUGGUUGCGCCCUCCGUCGAGAUAACCUCAGAGCCCGAACCUAAGACGCUUGCCGCCGAAAAGCCAUCUGAAAAUGCUAUAACCCCGGUAUCUAGCCGCACACCGAGUAGGCGAGCGUCACGAAGCCCUUCAAAAUCACCCAUGCGAAUCGAGGAGUCGAUUGAAGCUAUUGACGCCCUUGAGGAGGCUCUGGAGAACGUCGAGGCUGUAACAAGCUUCGACCAUUUGAGCGACGAGAAGUCGCCGCGUAAAAAGGCAUUAUCGAAACCCGCCGAUACAACUAGUGCGCGCGGGAAGACACCUAGUAAGACGCCUCUUGCCACCUCAAGGGUAUCUAGAACUCCUAGCGCUACACCAAAGAGCAUUAAGCCAACGAAGACUUCGCUGGCUCGCGCGUCUAGUGUCCGCGUCGCCGCUAGCAAAGACGUUAAGAAAGGUCCGACAGAGACAAUAGACUACCUUGCUGUGAAACGUAGGCCGAUCAGCUUGUCGUUCCCCACUCCUCCUCCACCGCCCAAGGGACGACCCCCCACCAGGGCGACGUUCCAGCUCUCGAGUGAUGCCGUAGCUCAAAAGCUGAAGGCAGACAAGGAGGAACGACUCAAGCGACAAGCGGAGGGCGUGCCGAAACAACGACCAAUUAGCAUGCCCCCACCACCAAGAUCAACCAAGCCUCCAACAAAAUCAAACUUCCAGUUACCAGGCGACAAAAUCGCAGCGGAGCUCAAAGCAAGGAAAGAAGAGCGUCUUAAGAGAGAGGCCGAAGCCCCUCAACAAUCUGGCGCACCGCGCGCACCACGCCCUAUCAGCAUGCCUCCACAGCCAAAGUCCACAAAACCACUGACGAAGGCAGACUUUCAACUUCCAGGAGCAGCUGUUGCUGAAAAGUUGAAGGCACAAAAGGAAGAGCGACUGAGGCGGCAAGAGGAGACCGAGGCUGUAAAGAAGGCGGCUGCUCUCAGGGCGCGUUCAGUACCCCCUCGGAAGCCCGUAACGGUCCCUAUUCGACAACAACCUGGCAUUACCAUCCCUCCAUCCUCACAGCGCUCGUCUUCCCUCGCCAGCAAACGCAGCAGCAUCCAACUCUCACGCUCAGACUCUACCUCUUCCACAAACCGCCAGAGUCUCCUCCUCAACACCAAAUCAACAGUCACGCCCAUCGAUGCGGCACAGCAGAAGCUGAAAGGUAGAGAGGUCUUUAACCGCGAUAGGAUGGAGAAAGAAGCCCGAGAUCGUGAAAGAAGGGAGAAAGAAGAUGCGGCUAAGCGGGCAAGGGCGGACGCUGCAGAACGCGGUCGCAUCGCUAGCAGGGAGUGGGCAGAGAAGCAAAGGAAGAAGAUUGUGGGUGCAUGAGCGUUGUGACCUAUAUGAUUUGCCUUGUAUGGACGGUUUGGAGUGUUUGAUCCAAUGCGUUGGAUGUGCUGCUUGCGGAAGUAUCCCUCUGGUACUUCACCGUCCGAAAGCUUCCAUAGCUUACGUAGCGCUCACUUUGAGACUGCGAAGCUGAUGGAAGAGUUUUGGACAGUGGCGGCUGUUGUCCUAUUUCAAUCUUCAGCCGUUGGAUUCUUGUUGUUCUUCUUGUUUUCACUGUUAGCGUUUAGGGAUCUAUCGGAGUUGGACAUGUACUGGGCAUGCUUACUUUUGGGCGUUGCCAUGGAUUGGUGGAUCGAAUUGGGAAUAUCCGGUAUCUGGACACAGUCCGGCCAUGGCGUUAGUCUAGUUCCACAUUACGGAAUCUGGAAACAAGAUAGUCACAUUCUUGAUUUAUUUAAUUUUGACGGACACCAAGCACCUUGAGAUCAUAAGAACCCAGCCAUGUU